CAGGUAUGGUGCUUUCACCCAAGCCAGACAUCAAUGUCGCCGCCGGAGGCUGGCUGGAAGGUCCCCUUCAACGGAGCCGUGGACCCCGUGAUGAGAAUAAAGAUCACCCCGGGCUCUGCAGGGGCCGCCCCGGCACAGGCGAACGCCGUGCCUAACAUGGCACCACCUGGCAUGAGCGCGGAGGAGCGCAGAAAGCAGGAGAUGGAGAAGCAGAGGAUGGGCAUCCGCGAGAAGAUGAUUGCCGAGCAGAAGCUGCGCGAGGAGGCCAAAAAGAAGAUGGAGGAGCAGAAGAGGCAGGCGGCCGAGGCGGCCAAGAAGCAGGCCGAGGAGGCUGCGGAGAAGCGCCGUGCCAUGGAGGAGAUCAACAAGAAGAAGAGG